UUCCGUCACUUGAGCCCCACAGUUCACAGCGUCGUCGAUAGACGUCUAUUGCGCGGUGCUCUGUUUCCGCAUUUUUCGUACGUAAUUUCGCGCGCCAUUUCUCCCAAACUAUAUUUUCCUUUAUUUAUGAAGCUGAUAUAAAAUCAAUUGCAGUAUGGGCACUCUGGACAAACACUGCACUGGCUAUAAAAUCGACGAUGUGUUCAAGUCUAACGCCCUGGUAGACAUCAGGGCUUGCAACAAGCCCGUGGUCAAGUCAUUGUUCCGUGGAGUACGUAGUUCAAAGUUUCGUCAUGUCUAUGGAUCCCCGUCCAGGCGAGAAGAAUUGUAUGACAAUAUACCGAUCACUCGUAAUGCUCAUGACUCUAAUUUUUGUGCUGCCAACCCAAAAUUUGUUGCCAUUGUGACUGAAGUAGCUGGUGGUGGAGCAUUUGUAGUAUUACAAAUCAAUAAGACUGGUCGUUUAGAUUUAAAUACCAGUAAAGUUACUGGCCAUAGAGGUCAAGUUUUAGAUGUAAAAUGGAACCCAUUCAAUGAUAACAUAAUUGCUUCUUGUUCUGAUGACUGUACUAUUAAACUGUGGUAUAUCCCAGACAGUGGUCUAAGUUGCAAUUUGAAUGAAUGGUUAAUAGAGUUACGUGGACAUCGCCGUAGAGUAGGUUAUAUUGAAUGGCACCCAACUGCAGAAAAUGUCAUAGCUAGCUCUGGUUUUGAUUACUUGGUUAUGUUAUGGGAUGCAGGAACUGGUCAAAUUUUAAAUUCAAUUGAUUGUCAUCCAGAUAUUGUACAUUCAUUAGCAUUCAAUAGGGAUGGUACUAGAUUAGCGACAACUUGCAAAGAUAAAAAAAUUAGAUCAAUUGAUCCUAGAUCUGGAUUAGUGGUUUCAGAGGGAAUUUGUCAUGAAGGAUCACGUUCAUGCAAAGUUAUUUAUUUGGAUAAUGAGCGAUUAUUGACCACAGGUUUUUCAACAUAUUCAGAUAGACAGAUAGCUAUUUGGAAUCAUACUGAUUUAUCUGAACCUUUGCAUCGUGUCAACAUUGAUUCAUCGUCAGGAAUCUUAUUCCCAUACUAUGACUAUGACACAAGAAUGGUUUACUUAGCUGGAAAAGGUGAUGGCAAUAUAAGAUAUUAUGAAAUAGUUGACGAAUCACCAUACAUACAUUUUUUAAAUCAAUUUAUAUCUGGUUGCCCACAGAAAGGAUUUGGAAUGAUGCUUAAACGUGGCUGUAAUGUGAGUCGUUGUGAAAUUAUGCGAUUUUAUAAGUUACAUACUACUCGUAAUGUCUGUGAACCAAUUUCAAUGAUUGUUCCAAGAAAGAGUGACCAGUAUCAACAUGACUUGUAUCCUGACACGGCUGCUCCAGUACCAGCAUUGAGUGCCCAAGAAUGGUUUAAUGGAAUUAGCAAACCACCAGUUUUAAUGUCAAUGAAAACAGGGGUUUCAGUAAAAACACAUAAACCUCAAGCAUUUGUUUCCAACGAGGCUACUCGUAAUGACACCAAUUAUCGUAUGAAAUUUGCCUUCCUCUCCAAGGAAACAGUACCUGAUUAUCGACCACUAGAUAUGUUGCCAGAAAUUGAAAAAAACCAAAAGACUCAAGUUAAUCAAAACAUGAAAUUUCAACAAAUACAACAGAAAUUGAGUAGUUCAUUAGUUGGAAAAUUCAGUAAUACAACUGAUGGAGAUGACGAAUGCAAUAAUAUGAAGGAAAACUCAAAUUCCAACGAAAUUAUGAAAAACGAAUAUCAGAUGAAAAAAGCUUUCACUCGUCAAUGUGAAGAACUAAACAUGCUCAGAAAACAAUUGGCCCACAGAGAUCGGCGCAUUCAAGACCUCGAGGAUCUUGUUUCCACACUUCAAUCGCAGCUUAAGGUUCAAAGAUUACAGUAAUCAGUAGAUUAUUACCUGGUGUAAUUCUCUCUAUAUAUUUUUAAUACUUUUGAGCUUAUGCCUUUUGGCUAAAACUAUGGCCCAAUAAUUAUGAAACCUACUUGAUUAAUCAAAUAAGCUUUGAAGCUUUAAGCUGCAACUAUUUUUUAACUAAAAGCAAAAUUCAGGGUUGGGACUAAAUAUUGGGAGAAAAAGAUUCUUUUUUGUACCCUGGUACUUCUGUGAUCAAAUAAUAAUUUUGUAAAUUUGCAAUAAUAUUUGCAUAACCUAUAAUUUUAUUUUUAAUUAGGUUAUCAUUUAUAUAUUUACGUUAAGCAAUUUAUGUUUUAACCAGUAAUUAAACGUAGUUAUUUUUUAAUUAUAAGUUAUGAUGAAUAGAAAUUGAGGUGUCAUAUCAAAUAAGAAAAUAAUGCAUUUCUUAAAAAUAAAAUGCGUAUAAAAGAUAGUGUUAAAGUAAAGUCAAGAUUGAUUUUGUGCUUGAAGUUAUAAAAUUCAGUCAAUACUAUAUAUUUAGUCUUAUUAUAUAGCAAUUUUAAAAGACUUUAUAGUUAAUUUGGAUAAAUUAUAAAGACAAUUAUUAUUUUACUAGGUAUCAAACAUUUCGAAAUAUGACCUGGUGUUUUGAGGACUGCUAGUAAUAAUCAAAUCAUGUCAUUUAUAUCGUACAUAUUUUUUGUUUUAUUUUAUAGGUAGCGUAAAGAAUUAUCAAUAGUUAUAAUUUACUAAACAUUAACUACUAUAUUAUGUUCCAUCUUACUAAUGCAUAACAGCAAAUUUUAUUCAGAAGAGUCCAUUUUACUCCUGUUUAUAAUAUUAGAGUGAACUGAGUGCCUUGAGUUAUCAUAGAACUAUUGAGUUUAGAAUAUUAUCUAGAGCCCUAGUAAAAAAGGCUUUAUUAUAUUUUACUUAUAAAAUUAUUUAUUAUUAAUAUACAAUUUGCUGUCAUGCACUCAUGCAGUCAUGCUUAAGUAUGAUGGAAACAACAUAUGUGGGUAUUACGCCUUCUUAAUCAUUUUGAUUGAUAUCAAAUACAAUUAUUUUAUAUCACAUUUACCAAAAAAUUUAUUAUUUAAUGCGGACUGAACAAAUAAAAACAUAUGCUCCAAUUACAAAUAAUAUUACUAUUAUACAGAAAUCUCAGUAUAUAGUAUAAACUGAUAUAUUAUAAUAUAAUAUUAUUUAAGUUUGUCUCGAAAUGAUACAAAAUAUUUAAGGCUUGUUCUGUAAAUGCUUUAAUGAUAUUCUACUGCUUGUGUUUUGUGUUUUAGAAAGACAUUUAAAUUUUUUAUUAUAUAGAGAUUAAUUUAGGACACGUGUUUCUGGCCAACUGUUUAUAAUAUAAAUAUAUUACAUACAUUUUAUAUCAAAUUGUUUGAAUUGUAACAAGUCUAUAAAACUAUAAUAUGCACUGUCAGGUUAGACAAAAUCACUGCCAAUGUGUUUCACAUGAUAUCAUUAUACCAAAUUAAUUGUCUCAUUAAAAAAUAAUUAUCUCCUGUUCUGCCAUAACGUAAAAUCAUACUUGAUAUUAUACAGUACUAACAAAUUAUAACAAUUGUGUGUAUUCUUUACAAAUAAGAAAUUUUGUCUCGUCUGACGGGCUAUUAAAAUGUUGAUUUACAUCUAUUUUUGUCAAAUUUAUUGUAACUGUUACACAAGUUUAGUAUGGUGGAUUGAUUAUGUAUCAGAGUUUAAUACAGUAUUUGUAUUGUGUGCUUUGAUUUCAAGUUUUUUUUUUUCAUGUGGUUUUAGAUGUUUAUAAAUAAAUACAUUUCAAAAAUCAUCUAUCAAUACAACUUUUACAAAAGUUAAUUAUUAAAAUUCUAAUAGUUAAAUUUUUCAUAAAUUGUCCGAUAUGCUCUAAAUACCUUACCUCUAAAUAUCGGCCUUUCCUUAAGGUUCUUUCAAUGAAAGUUCUAAUGUAAUUUUACUGUACUUCUAAAACUGCAUGGAAAAUAGAUGGGAUGUGCAUAUUAUUUUAUGAUUAAAUUAUUAAGUUUUAUUGUUUGACGAAUAUUGUUUUUUUUUUUUUAUUAAUUUACGUUCAUAGAACAAAGCAUUCACUUUUUUAUAAAACAUUGUGUUCACACAUUUUAUAAAUGUUUUUCUGUAUAAUUAUUUGAUUUGAUCGACAAUCCGUUUUAUAUGCGUUCGACAAAACAGUUAUUAUCUAAGUACAAUAAUGCAUUAUUUUGACAGGUUAUUCAUUAUUAUUUGUUUUUUGUUUUUUUAUUAUGUUAACAUAUUUUCAACAUUGUACUCACAUUCCCAUCAAUGUAAGAUUAUACGCUUUGAACAAAUGAAUAAAUAGUUUGUAAUUAUUUUUGAUGUUUCGCUACUACAAGCUACAAUAUUUGUUUUUUUUUUUUUUACAUUUAUAUUAAAAUAUUAAAUGAAACAUUAAUAUAUAUUUUAAAUUUUUGCUUAUA